UUUGUACUCCAUCAGCUUCUUCUCGAUUCUCAUAGGCAUAGCUAGGUGACGAAGGAAGAGGGUUCCGUUCGGUAGAUCAGUUGGUUGAUUCAUGGAGCGUUGGAUUGGAAUUUUGAAGCUUCCAUUGAACCCUAAGAGUAAGAAGGCUGACUACAGAGUUGCAGUGUCUCUCUGCCUCUCUUCUUCUACCAAAACCUUAGCUAUACCUACAGCAAAUGUUAUCUUCUUCAGCGGAGAUCGAUGUGAAGGCACUGGAAAUCCUGUGAUUGACAGGCUAUCCAAUCUGCAGAAAAUUGCUGAAAUUCUGGUUUCGAAAUUUGGUGGUUCUAUAAACGCUUGGGUUAUUGAGGCUUCCACUUUUAGUGGCUCUUUUGCUGUUUACAAGGACUUUAUUCCCACGGUAAACUGCUGGGGAGAGCCAAAAUCAUACAACCCGACUGGAUUUCCAGCUUCUGCAUCAACCAUUACCCUCUUGUCGAAUUGCCUCCAAGAAGCAAAACACUUGAUUUCUCAAAGGCAUGAAGAACGAUACGAAGCUGGGGUACCCUUGUCACAUUUGCCUCAACCCAAAACAUCGGUCCUUGGAUUUAGCAAGGGUGGAACUGUACUGAAUCAGUUAGUAACUGAGCUUGGCAUUUCUGCUGCCAAAUCCUCCGAAAACCCAACCAAGGUAAAUAAAGAGCUACUGAAUGAAGGCCCUGUUAGUAUCCAGGAAGGAAAGAGGAAUCAAAUAAUCCCAGGGUCAAAAGAAAGCCUCUUGGACAGCAUAGCUGAGAUCCAUUAUGUGGAUGUUGGUUUAAAUUCAGCCGGAGCGUACAUCAACGAAGGAGAUGUAAUUGAAAGACUCUCCAAAAGCCUAGCGCAAAGGGCUUCUGGAAUUCGUUUUGUUCUUCAUGGAACUCCAAGGCAAUGGUGUGAUAGCAGAAGAGUUUGGAUCAAAGACGAAAAGGAGAAAAUGCUCGAGCUGCUUAAGUUGGGAGCUCAGACAAGCGGUGGUAAACUGCUUGUGUGUGAGAGAUUUUAUUUUGCUGAUAAGCCUCCGAAUCUGCAGAUGCAUUUUGAAGUAAUAGAAAAAUUGGAAGUGAGUUGAUUGCUCUUAUCUUGAAGGGAAUGCAUGGCAGGUAGAAUUGGCUCCAUGAAUGGUCAUAGGCUCAUAGCUACAGGGCAUAUUGAAGACAAGAUGUAUAAUACUUGCAAACUGUAAAUCAUUGGCAGAUUGUAUUGGCUCUUAGUGGUUAUGUAUAGCUCCUUGUUCUUUUUAUCUGUUUAUAAUGUUAAUGUGAUGUAUGAUUCCUGUAUAAAUAGAUUGCCGUUUUUGUGAAUAAAUUACAAGCUGGAUCCUGUGUUUCA